AUGCUUCUUUUCCUUUUAUUUGUGGUAGUUGCUAGUGUGUUUUUGCCGACGACCCACGCUUCACCGACAAACAUGACUAAAAAUCUUAAAGUACUCGUCUCAUCUAAUGAUUUUCCUGAGAGCGGAUUAAAUGUUCUUCGGGAGCAUUUCACAGUACUCCAAAGCAAGUAUUUACAUUUUGGUGAAGAAGGCAUAAAAGAAAACAAAGAAGAACUUCUUAAGCUCAUACCUGGAGUGUCUGCGUUGGUGUGGGUGUCGCAUCAUCCCAUCACUAAAGAACUACUAGAUAAAGCUGGUCCUCAAUUAAAAAUCGUGAGCACAGCAUCGGCAGGCUACAACCACUGUAACCUGCCAGAACUCAAGGCGCGAGGGAUAAAACUCGCUAACACUCCUAACGUACUGAGCGCAGCGGUCGCGGAGAUCGCAGUGGGCCUCAUCCUGGGGGCCGCUAGACGUUUUACUGAGAACUUGGAUCAAGUUCGUAGGGGCGAAUGGGAAAUAGGAUUCUCCAAAGUACUAGGACAAGAUGUCCGCGGCAGUACCGUAGGUGUUAUAGGCUUCGGUGGUAUCGGGCAAGCCACUGUCAAACGGCUGUCCGGCUUCGAGGUCGACAAAUUCCUUUACACUGGACACAGGGAGAAACCGGAGGCUAAAGCUCUUAAUGCUGAAUUCACUUCUCUCGACAACCUGUUGCAAAGCAGUGACUUCAUAUUGCUGGCCGUGCCGCUCACCGACGAGACCAGGCACAUGAUCAACGCGACCACACUCGGCAAAAUGAAGAAGAACGCUAUACUUAUUAACGUUGGUCGUGGAGAUUUAGUAGACCAAGACGCUUUAUACGAAGCGUUGAAGAAAAAGGACAUCUACGCAGCCGGCCUCGACGUCACCUCGCCCGAGCCUCUUCCCAAAGACCAUAAACUGUUGACUCUCCCUAAUUUAUUCGUGCUCCCGCACAUCGGCAGCGCCACAGUGCGCACGCGCAGCGACAUGGCGGUGCUGGCCGCCAACAACGUCGUCAACGCACUCACCGGCAAGCCUUUGAUCACGCCUGUAUCGUUC